AUGGUUUACGAAAGAGCAGCUUCCAAAGAGCACCUCGAUCCAUGGUUCGAUGAUGGAAACAUUAUCCUUGUAGCAGAGGGAAAAUGCUUCAAGGUUUAUCGGGGAAUGUUAUCGCUGCAUUCACCGAUCUUCAAAGAUAUGCUUUCGUGUCCCCAACCCGUUGAUCAGGAGGAAGAAGAAUCAGACGGCGAAGGCUGCCCUGUCAUUCACCUCCAGCAGGAUUCAGCCACUGAGGUUCAGCACGUCCUCAGAGCACUGUUUUGUGGCGAGUACGUGAUUGCGCGCGUCUCCCUGAUGCCUAUGAGUGUCGCCACCGCUCUGCUCCGCUUGGGCAAGAAGUAUGAAAUCAAGCUGCUCUUCAACCACGUAUCUGGCUUAAUGAAGGCAUGCUAUUCCGUAGAAUUGCCGUCGGAUUCCGGGCCACUUCGCUUUGAAGGCACCAUCACCGAACGGGACCCCCAUGAUUUCCAGUUUCUUAAUGUAGCCCGCGAAGUCGGGUUGCUUUCAGUCCUUCCCGUUGCACUCUACGUCUGCGCUUCUUCAACUGACAUAAAGGAGCUUUUCAACGGGUACGAGUGGGAGGGAGUCCACUACUCGCUGUCUCCUAUCAAUCAAAGAGCGUGUAUCAUCGGCAGAGAUCAGCGCUCAGAACUCGCAAAACGUGUAUUCCCCGAGAGGCUAGGUCAAUUUUGUUUUUCCGGUCCGUGCAAGGCUUGUUCCCAGAUGGGUGCGACAGUAUCUUUUCUUGCUGACCCCUUUGCUCUCUGGGAUUCGAAUUGGGAUCGUAUGUUUUGCAAAUGGUGCGCCGAAAACUGCAAGUCCAAGUACGGUUAG